AUGACAUCACCCUGGGAGAUCCGUUUCUCCAACUCGCGCCAGCUCCCCUACUUCUUCAAUAACGAGGACAAGCGGUCGGAAUGGUCGGUCCCGCGCGGGUUCUCGGACGUCACGGUCCGCCAGCUGCGCGGUGCUGAGCAGUACCUCACCCCCCUUGAUCCCCGUAUCCACAAAGAUGAGGGUCCGGCCGGUCAGGCAGGCGAGCUGGGCCAACAGGUGCAGCGCGCUCGGGCGAUGCACAUCCUUGCGAAGCACAGGAACUCGCGCCGGCCCAGUAGCUGGAGAGAGGACGUGAUCACCCGUUCCCUAGAGGAAGCGCACGAUAUCAUCCAAGGCCAUAUCGACCGGCUCUCCGCUGUCCCCGAAAGUCAGCUUCAGACUGCGUUCGCCAGUAUCGCAAAGACAGAGAGCGACUGCUCGUCCGCAAAGAAGGGCGGCGACUUGGGGGAUUUCGUCAGGGGUCAGAUGCAGGCUAGCUUCGAGGAAGCAUGCUUCUCGCUGAGACCCGGUCAAAUGAGCGGUAUCGUCGACACCGACUCGGGAACUCAUGUCAUCUUGCGGCUCGCCUAA